CCUAAUUAUGGGCAUGUGUCAGUGUCAGUGGAGGCAGGCGGGCGGCCCCCUCCCCGCGGCCAGGCCCUUGGUGGGCACAGGCAGCAGGCGCCAUGGCCUCGCUCGGCUCAGCCUCCUCUUACCGCACCGAGCGCAUUGGCACCUAUGGUCCGGGGCAUGGCGAGCCCCGCUUCGAGAGCGACCGGCAGCAUGGGCCCUUCGGGGCACUGGCACAUGAGGCCUUUGGGUUCCCAGGGUCCCCGGGUGCCGUGUGCCCCUGCAGCCUGGGCACCUGGGUGCGUGCCCAGGGUGACACCUACCAGGUGGUGGCUGAUGUCAGCCAGUUCGAGCCCCCUGACAUCGUGGUGACGACCUCCAACUGCCACGUCGCCAUCCAGGCCGAGAAGGUGGCUGAGGAUGGCACCGUCUGCGACACCUUCACCCACAAGUGCCAGCUGCCUGAGGACAUGGACCCGCUGUCGGUGAGCUGUGCCCUCACCGAGGCCGGCACGCUGGUGAUCACUGCGCAGCGCCGUGCCGUAGCCCGCCCCAGUGAGCCCCCACAGAUGCUGUACCGCAGUGAGGCCACGCUGUGAGCAGCGCUGGGGGAGGAUCGGUUUCUUGCUCCAAGUGAUGCCAGCCUCGACACCACGGUGUAGCUUUGGUUGUACCCAUUGGCCGUGCCCCCUCCCCACCUCCAGCUCCUCAGCGCUCUGGCUCUGUUUAUAAAGACCUUUUAUUAAAUUAAUAUAAAAA